CAGGUCCGAGGCCGUCUGUGUCCUGGCUGUGCUAGACUAUGUAUGUGCCAUACUACUAUGUAUGUAUGUAUGGUAUUGUUCCGUGCCUCUCUCUUGUCUCCGUGUCGUAAUGCCAUCCCCCCUUGGCCCAUCCUCCGCUUCUUUUCAUACUUUGGCACCACCCUCGAUGGAUCAGUUGGUGGUAGUUAUGCAUGGUGGUAUUUUUUUCUCUUUUUGAGAACGAGCCUUGGGUCUUGGCACUCUUUUUCGAGUUUUUUGUGCCCUAGACAUUCUGUUAUAAAAGGGGACCUGUUCAGCCCAAGUUUGUAGUUGUGAAUCUUUAUCCUUCUCUGUAUACACACGGUCUUCCCGUCUGCUGCUCUCUCUCUCCCCAUCACACAGGAAAAAGCCAGACGAGAGAAACGGAAGAAAUCACAAGGAACAGAAAACAGAGUAGCUACGUUAUGGCUUGCGGCUUGUCGACAGCAAAAGACAUCCGACCAGCCUCGCGACUACGAGUCUGCCGCCUUCUUAACUGCCUAUAACAAGAACCCCCCCCUCUUUCCUAAACAAAUACACCCAGCAAAAAGACAAGAAAAAGCAUAGAGAAGAGAAAAACCGAAAACACUCUUCGGGAUCGUUGUUCCACUCCCUUCUCGUGAUGACGGGGUUCAAGGACAACCUCGUGCUAGAUCUAGUAUUUGCGGAUAACCGUUAAACAAAAACGCGGCCUACAAUGAUGAUGAGCUCGACUUUCCUCGAGUCUACCGGCGAGGGAGACGGAGCUGCGCGCUUCGGACGCAUGCCCGAUGACUGGAUGAACGGCAUCGACACUACCGCUAUGCCUUUCUCCAGCUUAGAUGCCCCCUACGAGGUUUCUACACAGCAGAACCCUCUUCAGUCUCCUGAGACGCCCAGUCUCGAUAACACCGUCUUCCCCUCCCCUCUAACAGACCUUGCCUACCUUGACCGUUCCUUUGGAGAUUUCUCCCCCAACGGCUACGCACUCCAUUCCACGACACCAGGUCAAUUCCCCGUCCAUCCUCCUCAUCGCACCUCAUCCGCCUUCUCAGAAGGCUACGACCUCUCCACAGCCAGUCCAUCUCUCGGCGCUGUCUGGCCAGCUCACGUCUCGCCGGCAGCAACAUUCCUACCCACGCCGCCCAUGGCAGACGAGCUAUCACCAGCUGAGUCUGAGCCUGAGGAAGAUAACCAGGAUGACGAUGAGGACUAUGACGAUGACUCGGAGCCAGCCAGCAAGAAGCGCAAGCGCUCAACGGCAACAAAGACAAGGGCAAAGGGCAAAGACGGACCUAAACGCAAUCCCACCCAGCUCCGCACUGCAUCGCGUGCUCCCAAGAAGCGCGCUAUUGCUCAGCCCAGACAUCCCAGCGAGACUACUGAGGAAGUCAAGGCGCGGGCUGCACACAACCAAGUUGAGCAGCAAUACCGCAAGCGUCUCAACACUCACUUUGAGCGUCUUCUCGCCGUCCUCCCUGCUCCCGGCACAGAAGGCGGUAUCGCCAAUGAUCGCCGCGUGAGCAAAGCUGAGGUGCUUGACCUCGCACGUGAGAGAAUUCGCGCGCUGGAGAAGCAGACGGCGAGGUUAGAAAGAGAAAGACGAGAGCUCCGGGGACGAAUAGCUCCUGAUACACGAAGGUGUUUGGUUUAGAAAUGUUCAAGUAGUUCCCUUAGGUACUGGAUGGUUAAAUGAUAUGGAAAAAAGGGGUUGGCGUAAGGUACCUAGGCAAAUGAUCGGACAUGAUGGCGAAUAUGGCACAACAAAACAAAAAAACUGCGGAUCGGAUCUUUAUUCUUUUUAAAAAAAAGUAUUAGAAAAACACAAAAACAAAGCAUGCUUGGAUCGGACGGUUAAAGGUUAGCGGUCACCGGUUAAUGGGUUUAGGAGUUGCUAUGACAUCGGUACCAGAACUGAAGCUUACGCAUUGGAGGAUAUCUUUAUGUUGUUUUGUUGAAUGUGCAAUUAUAUGCCCGGUGCGAUUGGUUAGAUACUUAAUCUCAGCUUCUUUUUUCC